CUAGACGACAAAAGUUGUCACGGCAAAACGCAGCCUACUGGCUGCGAACACACACGCACAUGCACGCGCGGGCACGCACCAGCAAAGGGGAUUCGGGUGGAGGGAGAGAGGGCGACAGAGAGAGAGUGCUAUGUUUGUCUGAGAGAGAGCCCCUCCGUGUUAUUUUGUGUGUGUGGCUGAGCGUCUGCGGGUAUGUGUAUAUGUGCGCGCGCGCGCGAGAGAGAGAGAGAGAGAGAGAGAGAGAGAGAGAGAGAGUCCUUUUCUGGGACAGAUAUGGAGCAGCUAAAGAAAAAGUUCGUGUGCAGCUUUCGGGUUUCCAAAGAGGAGAAAGAGGUGCCGGCAUUGGUGAGGCGGGCGUUCGAGACCUUGUCUGGGGGCAAAGGAACCUUGUCCAAGGCUGAGUUCUUGGUGUUCUUGGAGUGUCUACAGGCGAACCCCAGUGGUGAUGGAAAUGAUGUGCCUGGUACCGCAAACGCUGAUGGCAUUCCAAAGAGGCCCGAUGGGGAUAUUGGAAAGGCGCAUGACAAUGCGCAGGAGCGUCUACGACCGGGUAGAGCGAAAACCAAGGACUUUCUCCAGGGCAUGAAGGCGGCUGUGGACACCUUCACUCUGAAGAAUGCGAUGAAGUAUCUUCUCAACCCUGCCGUGAACGCGGCACACGUCAUUACCGAGGACUUGAAAUGCAGUUGCCUCCUUCGACCGGCGCGGACGAGGUUUGGGACGCACUACAAGAUGCUGCAGCGGCUGGAGGUCUGUGAGAAGGCCAUCAGAUGGAUUGUCGCUGGGCAGGAGUGGGAGGCGCAUGCGUGGCGAGGGGACAUCAGGGCCAAGGCCUUCUUUGUGGAGGAAACAGUUCUUGACAAGGCCUUUCGGGCUGAUUCUAAGAAGCUGACUACCGUCAUGAAGGGGCCCUAUGAUGUGUUGCGCGAUUUGGACAAAGAUGUCCACUACUUGUCUCGCAUCUACGAUAUGGCUUGUCGACUGCUCGCCUUCGUCCGAUCAGCCCCCCUUACCGCAGACCAGCGAGAUCACAUGCUUAGGGACGUCUGGAACAGGACAAACAUGCUGCUCAGCCCCAUCCAUGUUGUUGCCCGACUGUUGGAUCCUCAUUUGAGGGACAUUACUGUUUUCAGUAAAGUCGACCUCAUGGCACAAUUUGAGAGUGGUCGAGAGGCUCAUUGGAAAGAAGGGAAGCACGAGAUUCAACGAAGAUUAGGGCAUGCGAAGGAGGUCGAGAAGGAGUAUAACGAGGAGGAUGACACCAAGGAUGAGCAGGAGGAUGUGGAGGAUGACAUUCCCGGCGAGGAGUGGGUGGACAAGAGGUCAGACUCUGACAGACCAGCCGCGUGGAGAGGAGCAUCAGGUGGAGGGGCAGCAACCGAACGAGCAACAAGGGAGGGAGCAGCAGGUGGAGGAGCAGGGGGAGGAGCAAGGGGAGGAGCAGGAGGAGGAGGAGCAGGGGGAGGAGCAGCAGGUGGAGGAGGGGGAGGAGGAGCACCAGGUGGAGGAGCACGAGGAGGGCAUGCAGCAGGGGGAGGAGCGGCAAGUGGAGGAGCACAAGGAGCAGUAGGUGGAGGAGCAUCUGGUGGAGGAGCAGAAGGUGGGGGAGCAGCAGGUGGAGGAGCGCGGGGAGGGCGUGCAACAUCUAAGAGAGGUGCAAACAUUUUAUGAUUCUAGUCGGCAAUUGACUCUCGUCAGGCAGCACGGAGCACAUCCCGACCGUGUAUGGGAUCCCCUCGC